GAGUGCACAAGAUGAACAACCAGGGGUUUAUACAAGCUUGAAUUUCUCAUCACACUCGAACUAUUCUUGUAGAAAAUUCUAGAAGCUCUGCGAAGAACAACGAAGGCUUUCACAUCUCAAAUCGGUUUAGGGUCUUAAACGAUUUCAGCACCGUCAUUAGGUGGGAAGCUGUUUUUGUCUUGCUGAAGUUCAAACCUGUGCAAACUUGAUGCAGGGCAAAUACAAAUAGAUCAAGUCGAGCCAUCUGCAAUGUAUGGCCAAGCUAAUGUUCCGCCUCCACCGCCCCUUCAUUUGCAGCAAGGCUCUCCAGCCGCAGCACCGAAUGUAGUUCACCAGGCAAUAUCUGAUUCCGACAUGGAAAUGGAAGAUGAUAUCACCUUGUCCGACACGAAUCAUGAAGUUCAUGAUUCAUCUGCCGUUCUAGACCGCAAGUUUGAUGUCAGUCAUGGGGAGCUUGAUGUCAAAAAGCAUCUAGCUGCAGCAAAGAGUUCACCAGGAUGGAGUGCUCGUGAGGGUGUCUCAUCCGAAAAAGUGUUGCCCUCUUUGUCUGAACGCCAAUUAAUAAUUGAAGAGGCACCAUCCAGAGUUGAUAUAUAUUCAACUGGAGCUUCUGAAUCCCCAGUGGCAAGUGAAAAAGAUAUUUCUUCGAUUCCCAGAGCUGAUGAUCAGAAGAAACUUGAUGCUUCUGCAGCAGCUGAGGCAAUGAAUUCUGAUGCGUUUUCAAACCAGACUACCACAGUUAACAGCCCGUUUAGACUUUUACAAGACUAUGCUUCUGAAAACAGCUCAGAAAAUGAUCCUCCUGCUUUUAGUGAAGAUGGUACUGCUGUUGGAGCUCCAUCAUCAGUUACAACUAGUGUUAAAAGUUGCCAUAAAGAUGCUGGGUCUCAAUUUGAGAUAGGAUCUAAGAGCCUGUGCACAACUGAUAAAAUGUCUGGGCUGCAAUAUGAAUCCAGAAGGUUUAAAGUUUCCUUGGAUACAAAGAAAGAGGUUAGGGGUACUGAUAUAACAUCAAUCAUUGAGAGUCAUGAGGGUUUUCAGGGGAAAGAUGCAUUGAAUGGGGCUCCCAUUGAUAUCACCAAAAGGGAUAAGUCUCCAGGAGGGAAACAGACCAAGACUGAAUCUGUUUUACCAAAGGUGGAUGAGUAUGGGAGAUUGGUCAGAGAAGGUUCCAGUGACAGUAACUCUAAUGGUUCACGUUAUAAUAAGAGGCACAGAAGAGGCAGAAGCCGCAGUCGUAGUCGCAGCCGUAACCGGAGCCGCAGCUGUAGUCGUAUCCGGAGCCAGAGCCGGAGCCGGUCUCCUUUUGGCGGCAGGAGGAGGUGGAGGAGUCCUCGGAGGAGAAGAGAGAAGCGAAACCGGUCUCCUAGGAAUCAAAGAAGCAGGAGCAGGUCUCCCAGUUUUAGACGUGCAGGUGAGUUCAGAGACGAAAAUAAGAGACAUGAUAGGCGCAACAUUCCAGAAUGCUUUGACUUCCUUCGAGGCAGAUGCGCACGUGGAGGAUCCUGUAGGUAUAUGCACAAAGAACAUGACCGAAAUGAUGGUUCAUGGCGCCAUAGAAGCAAGCAAAAGCAUCUAGAAGUUCAGUCUACUGUGAAGAACUCUAUGAUUAAGGAAGCGAUUGAAGAUAGCUCUGACAUGAAUCUGCAUGGUGAAUUCAACGGUCAGGAGAUGCAGAUCGAUCCUAUUGUGGUCCCAAAGGAUGGUCAGUUUAUUGAUCCUGUUAAAACUGCUUGCGAGAAUUCUGCAGUGACAGCUUCUACAAUGCAAGUGAAACAAAUUCUUCCUGUAAAGCUGGAGGAACCCAUUGGUCACAGUCCUGAAUCUCACCACCUAUCCGCUCAAAAGCUGAGCUGUGUUGGUACUAUGAAGUCAAGGGGUGAUACUUCUCAGGCAAUUGAACAAUCUCGAAGCAAUAAUUCUGCAGAACAGCUUCAAAAGGCUGAUUAUCCGUCUCAGCAGGUGGAAGCCUCUCACAUGUAUGAUUUACCACCAAAUCAAGCAUCGAAGAAUUCUCCAUACAAGGUUUCUUGUACUGAGCCUGCAGCAGAUGCAAUUUUAUUAACUCAAUCACGUCCCACUGAAAGUUCUAAUGCUCAACCACUUCCAUCAGGACAGUUUUCAUCACAGUUUUCGGCUCCUACUGAUUCAUCUCUUCCUUGUUAUUCUGCUGCGAAUAGUCCAUAUCCUUCACAGUUGCCUCCUCCUCCUCCUCCAGUAUCACAAGGUACCAGUGUUGCUCAUGUACCACAGUUUCAUAGGGACUACAACCAGCGGCCACCCUAUCCAGUUCAGUCUAUUCCUAUUCAUGCUUAUCAAGGUCCUUUAUCCAACCAAUCUGCCCAAUUCUCAGUAUCACAAGAUUCAACUUGGACAUCCCUGCCGCCACCACCUCCACGACCACAAUAUCCAUCUUUAAAUGCAGGAACUGCUGCACAAGGUGCUUCACAAUUUCAGCAGAAUCACUUGGCUCCAAGGACUGACUUCGGUUCUCAGAGUUCUGGGAGGCCUUACAGCUCUCACGGAUCACUCAAUCCAUCAAAUCAACCUUUUGGGGGCCCUGGUCAUAUAAGAGAAGAUCGUUUUACACAUGCUCCCGUGCAGGAUAUAAAUUCUUUACACUCUUUUGCUCAGGGACACCUACACCCUCAACCUGCACCUUCACAGGAAUUAAUGAAGAGCAAAAUGCAAAAUUUCUCUGCGGACAAUUUUCCAUCAGGAGAACUUCUGAAUGCAUCAUCACAAUUUCAUCCUCAUCCACAUGACCAACAACCAGGCUAUGGUGUGCAAUACUCUGUAGGUGAUAGCAUGUUGGGCGUGCCUGUCAAGACUGGAGUACAAUACCCUGUUGGUGGUAGCCUUUUGGUUUUGCCUGGGAAAGAUGGCCCUAUAUCCCAAUACCCUCAAGAUAUGUCAGACAGAAGUCAGCUUUCUCAAAUUCCUGAUUUUGGGGCAUCUAGAAUUCAAACACAUCAUAAUCCUUACGCAGCUACUUUUGAGCAGCCUUUAGGCUUGAACUUUAGUUCUAACAUUCCCAUUCAAGAAAAGAAUGUGCCUGCUGCUAACAUGUUUGAUACACCGGUCCAAGUCCCAAUUGAUGGCCAAGGUGUGGGCAGUGCUGGGUCAAGACGGACAACUUUGUCGCCAAGUUCUGCUGGAGCUGUUGGUCAGCUUUUGCAAACGUCAGUUAGUGGGCAGUAUGAUCCACUUUUUGACAGCAUUGAGCCAUCAGGAAAUAUACUUAAUAAUCAUGAUCAAAGCCAAAAGCAUACAGCCACCAAUGAUAUAAAUAUGAUGGUGAGGUUCAGUGGUUCUUGUGAGCCAUUAAAUGUAGAAGAGAACAAGAAACAUUCAGAGGUUGGUCCUGUUGCUUCAACUACAUCUCUGGAUAAUGACGGCUUUGGUGAGACAGGAGAUGCAGAAGUGGGUGUCGUGGAGGAUGAGAGUCUUAGUAAUGAUGAUGAUGGAGCAAACCUGGCUGUCGGAGAGAUGGAGAUUGAUCAGGUGAAAUCUGGAGGGAAGAGCAAGAAGAAAAAGGAUUCCAGAUCAACUAGACUUUUCAAAAGUGCAGUUGCAGAUUUUGUAAAGGACCUUCUGAAGCCGUCCUGGCGGCAGGGUAAUAUGAGCAAAGAAGCUUUCAAGACCAUUGUCAAAAAGACUGUUGAUAAGGUCUCUGGAGCCAUGAAGAGCCACCAGAUACCAAAGUCUGAGGCAAAGAUAAAUCACUACAUCGACUCAUCUCAGCGGAAACUGACGAAGCUUGUGAUGGGUUAUGUUGAUAAGUAUGUCAAGGUAUAAACCUCAUUUGUGAUUUGAUCAACCAGCAUGCAAUGCCGAAAAUUUUGAUGAGGUAUUACGCAGUUUGUUCCAGUUAGAACACCUAUGGAGGUAUCAAGAGCUCGCGGAUAUAGGGAAUAUAAACUUUUGUUGUGAGAGAUGUCAGGUUUCUUGUAUAGUGAACUCUGGAGGAAUGUCAUUUGGGAAUGAUGAGUAAAAUGACUUCCAACCUUGUGUAAGGUACUGUAGCAGCUGCAGAAGAUGAAUGUUAAUGUCUCUGAAUAUUCAUUAUAGUAUAUUUCUGAUUUUGUAAAAGGUACACACGUUCACAAAAUGGACGCUCUAUUUAUUCAUUUUACAGAUCAACCAUCAAUUUCAAAACG